AGGCAAACCUCGGUCCUAUGCCAUUCACUGAAACUGGUUGAAGAAUGCACUGUGGACGCUUUAAUCAUGUAAGGAUUUUAAGUACAGGAAGACGUCACCAGCCAAAAACUGGAUUUCUGAGCUUCGCUGGCAAGGACGUGUACACGAUCUAUGGAAUAUGAACGGUCGUAAAGUGAAGCAAAAGCAAUCAUUUCUAAAAAGGGACCUCGUUAGACGCCUUUCAGUUUCUCCUCGCAAUCGGUGGCAGAGUUGUGUGUGUGAGACGGCAGUGUAAUCAUGGGCGAAUGGGUCUUUCUUCAUGGGCUCUUCGACCACCUCCAGGCCCACUCACCCAUGCUGGGUCGCUUUUGGCUUCUGCUCAUGCUGGUCUUUAGGAUCUUGAUUCUGGGAACAGUGGCCAGCGACCUGUUUGAGGACGAGCAAGAGGAGUUCUCGUGUAACACCCUCCAGCCAGGAUGCAAGCAGGUUUGCUACGACCAGGCAUUUCCGAUCUCCCAGUACCGCUUUUGGGUCUUUCACAUUGUCCUCAUUGCCACGCCAUCCUUGCUCUUUCUCAUGUAUGCCAUGCAUCAUCACAACAAGAAGACCAGCGGCUCCAAGUCCUUUCCAGACGACAAGGAAUUUCAGCAGUUAAGGAGGCUAUAUAUUGUCAACGUUGCAUUCCGCAUUGUUGCGGAAAUUGGCUUUCUCGUUGGACAGUGGUGGCUGUAUGGCUUCAAGGUGGAGGCCCAGUAUCCCUGCAGCCGUUUCCCUUGCCCUUACACUGUGGACUGCUUCACCUCACGCCCUGCAGAGAAAACGUUCUUCCUUAGCUUCUACUUCGCCAUAGGAGUCUUGGCGGCCAUCUCCAGCUGUGUGGAACUUCUCUACGGCUCUGCCAAGUGGUUCUGCUCUAGCCGAGAGGAAUAUCCCACACAGAGCAUCCACAGCUACAAGCCAGGGGAGCUGCGGGAGAAGGUUUUGGAGAAGGCCGCGAUGGAGAGCAUAUCCGGCAGCACGAGGGUGAAGCGAGGGUCACAGAGGAGCAGCAAGAAGCUCAACGGGACGAAGCACAAGAACAAAUACGUCAGCAGUAAGACUUUCAUGGUGUGACACUUAAGGAAUUCUCGCCUGCUGUUCGGGAUGACAUUCAUUUCUGGGUUAGUCAUAAGUGCUUGUCGUGCUAGUCCUGAGAUGAGGAAAUGAGCCAUAAGGAAAAAUCAGCUGAUAAGGAGGGUGAUGACGUUCCCUUUGAUGAACUUGAUUAGCUGUCAUCAAGCACUAGUGCCUAGAAAAGGCCUGUGGAUUACACAGGAUACACUCAUUUCACCCCACAGACACUGGUGUUGUGUUACACCCAUCCUGUACUUUGAAAUGUUAUGUAAUUUAAUUGUUAUUAAAAGUAAUUCUGAGCCUUCGUGACUCACGUUUCUCACAUAUUGUCCUGAUUCGGGUUGUGUGUUCAAGGAAACGCCGCCUGACAACCAACAGCACGGCACUACUGAUUUUUUUUUAAUUUACAUGAUUUCUGCUCUCUAUAUCUAGAAUAUGGAGACCACAAGCCUAUUUGUUGUAGAUGAAAAGGGGAGAAUCAAAAUUGAGUCUGUUGUACGUUUUGGCCAUUUCCUUCAACAAUGCGGCAGUCAUGGACCUGUCCAAACUUUAGUUGAGUCUCAUAGUUCCUGGUCUAUUGGGUGCUGAUGUCCUUUCAUGCGCAUGAAACAUGCGCAUGACACACAUACGUAUCUUACCUGCUACCAGGCAUUUAUUAGUACGUGAUAUGAAGGAGGUGUAUCAGGGCGAUGCCGAAAAGUUUUUUGUCAGAAAAACUUGUCAGUUUCUAAAAAAAACCCAAAAAACUAACGAUUAUUUAAAUAACCAAUUAAUCGGUCGAUUAUUUUUUCAAUUAAUCGAUGAAUUGAAUUAAAAAAAAAAUUUAUGCCUCUAUUCAGAAAAAGAUUUGAACUGAUAGAGAAAAUAAGUGCACCAGGUUGUCGCUUUAAUAUUCUGUUCAAAAUAAUGUUAAAUAAAAUAUCCAAGUGUUUGUCAAAUGGCUUCAGUAAAACAAUAAAUGUACAUUUUCUUUUCAUUUUCUUAGUCGAUUAAUCUGGUUUGUUGUGUCAGUUAAUGGAGUAAUCGGUUAGGCCAUAGAUGGACCAAAAUAAUAUGAAGCAAACACCUACAGGUACUGGUUGGAUCCGCAACAUACCAGAAAAGAGGCAAAAAUGUCCAUCUCUGCUUUCCAAAGUCAAAGCUGACGUGUGUGAAUAUCUUGUUUUGGCUAAAACGCAAAGAUAAUGUGUUAAUUGUUCACAAUAUUAGAACUUUAUUCUCAUAGCAUUCCAACUUUUCUUGUCAUUUUAUGACUUUAUUCUUGUAGCAUUUUCUUUUGCAAUAUUGCUAUCUUUUCUUUUUUGCUACUGUAUCGCCCUCAUCCUAAGAAACCUUUUGAAUGUCAUUAAAUGUUGCUCGUCUAGGUCGUAGGUCGUAGGUCGUCUAGAAACUGGAAGGUUGGCGGUUCGAUCCUCACUCCCUCCACCCAGUCACUGUCGUUGUGCCCUUGGGCAAGACACUUCACCCACCGUGCCUCCAGUGCUGCCCACACUGGUGUAUGAAUGUGAAUUGUUGUUUGGUGGUGGUCGGAGAGGCCGUAGGCGUGAUCUGGCAGCCAGACUAUCCCAGGGCAGGCCUACAGAUGUAGUUUACCACCACCAGUGUGUGACUGACGAGUGAAUGGAUAAUUGGUUCACUUCAUUGUGAAGCGCUUUGGGUACCUAGAAAAGCGCUAUUAAAAAAUGGAAUCCAUUAUUAUUACUAUUAUUACAAAUAGUUACAGUCAGUAGUUGCCUCUGUGCAAGUAUGCUCACAUGAGAAAAACACCCUUCCCGUUUUCAAUUUUUCUCAACCGUACUGUAGGUGGCAGCAGCGUAACAGAUAGGCAUCUUUUCAGUCAGAUGACUUCAUUAGGAGCCAUAAAAUGACAGCGUUACUCUUUAGAUCACAGCAUGAUAGUGACAGCACUUAUAUGACCUCUUGGGAAGGAUGCCUUCUUAUUGCAUCAUCGUAUAAACCUCAUUUCAAAGCUUAUUUUGGUGAUUUACUGCUACAUCUGCAAUGGGGACAAUCAAAGGAGACUUGAGCAGUGACACAUCCAAAUAGUCUAAAUACACUCCAAAGAAGCUUAUUUCCCUCCCAGAAAUGCACACAUCUCCUGCUGUUCCCUGGAUGCAUCAUAUAUGCAGAUUUGCAAGGCUUUGAUGUGCGUAGAGCAGAAUAGGAGAUGUGUUAUAUAAACAGCAGAGGAGGAUUACUGUCAAAACUUUCUCCUUGCCUCAUCUACUCUACCUUUUUUUUUAAAUAGCUUCCCUCUAUAGCUUUUUAUUAUUCUUUUCUUCAUCUGUGCCGUACUUGACUUUCUUUUGUGCGUGUGGGCAGGCCCGCUCUAACGGCAGGAGCCCGCCUUAAAAAGCAAAUGUAGGUCAUCUGUCGUCGGCUCCUUUCACACCGACACUGACGAGGAGAUGGAAGUGAUAUGUAUAUAUAUAUAUAUAAAGCUCGACAUGUCUCCCCCACCCCACAUCACUCUUGCAUUUUUUUCUGGCUUGCAGCUUGAGUGAGACGUUAAUAAGAAGCUCCCUGUGCUUGCUACAAACCCGCCUUCCCCCAAGCUGACACCAAGCACCUCCCAUUCUGCUCAAUCCUACAUGGUUAUGUCUUAUUUCUCUGCAAGCAAUGCAAAGACAGGCACACUCUGGCCUAGCGACAGCAUUGUUUGUAUCUAAACUCAGCAGGCUGCCUGCUAAAUGGAAUUUUUCUAUUGUGAUUUAAUCUGAAACUUCAUCUAAUGGUGCCUUGUGCUUUUAAAUGCGUAUGCAUAGGUAAAGAAUGUUGUGUAAAGAGGCUUUCAAUCCACUUUCAUCUACCCCUACCUUCUUCUUCUGUGAUAAGGUUGGUAUAUUUCAUGAAAAUGUCUGGAUGUACUAUAGUUUGCUCAAAUGCAGUACUAAUGAAGCAGAAUUUUGGGGUUUUAUUGCAUUUAGAAUUUUCUAGCCAACUCCAAUCCAGAAUUAGUCAGAUGCUGCCUUUCCCAAAUUGGGAUUGCAAUAUUGAUCCGAAUGUAAGACGACUCUUGACAUAGGACCGCCCAUCUUUCUCAAGAACUUUAUUUGGAAAAUCCUUCUUAAGCCACAGAAUGUAAAAUCUGAAAACAAAAUGAAUAUGUAUUUGAAAUCACGUUUUCAGUUUUAUUCGUAGAUUGCAGUACAAAAGGAUAUCCUAUUUCUGAACAGUUUGACAUUUGUUUGAUGCCUCUGCUUCAUUGAUCACCAUUAGAACAAAGAAGAACCAGAUGAAAUGGAUGUCGCUUCAACAGAGCAACAGAUUGUCAGCUUUCUACAUUCAUAGCAGGUGGAUGUAGACAUCCACACCAUAGAUACUUGCAUCCCACUGCAUGGGAUUGCCAAGAAAGCACAUGACUUGAGGAAGCAGGGAAAGCAGGGGAAAAUGUACAUCAAGCUAAAUGGGGGGCCGGAGGUCAGAGUGCUUGUUGUCAAAGUACAAGGAAGAAGAGUCCUGAACCACUGUGGACAUUACAGAGCUAUGUCUAACCACUCUUGCACUUACUACUAACUAUUCAUUUCCUGUGAGUCCAUUGUCUGGACUCACUCAUCAUCCAACUAUGUUUCAUCAGUCAUUAUUGUCAUAGAUGUAUGUUGCUUUAUUAUGUCUGUUAUUUCAUUUGUUUACAGUGAUUAGAAACCUUGACUCUCAUUUGACCACAUUGUUAUACUGCCUUAUCAUUUUCCUGUCUAUGUAAAAUUGGCAAAUAUCACAUUUGAAAUACAGAAAGUGAACAUGAUGUGAAACGGGGGGGCUUUGCUUUGCUUCUUCCUACUCCUUUUUGGACAUGUGGAAGUGUGAAUUGUACUAUGUGAUGUAUUCCAAUGUAGCUUAUGUGCAUGUACAAUCUGAAUUAAAC